AUGGGCACUGAAGAUGUUGCAUCAGUCCCUACAACCCCUGUAGCAUCCGGGACUCCAGGCUGCACUCCUCUUUUCAGCGGCCAGUUCAAGCCGGAAAGAGGUGGCGAUGGCUGGAAAUCCCUUUUUAAGAGCUGCAAGUGCUUUAGUGUUGAAGCACUUUCUCUGGAAGAAGGGACCUUACCUUCUGUCUCUUGUGCAUUGAUUCCACCUCCAAUCUCCCUUGCAAGAAAGGUGGGAGCUGAGUUUAUAGGUACCUUCAUACUCAUUUUCACAGGGACAGCCACAGCCAUUGUGAACCAAAAGACACAAGGCUCAGAGACCCUUCUCAGCUUGGCAGCCUCCACUGGUCUGGCAGUCAUGAUAGUUAUACUCUCCACCGGUCACAUCUCUGGGGCACAUAUCAAUCCAUCUGUCACCAUUGCCUUUGCUGCUCUGAAGCAUUUCCCAUGGAAACAUGUUCCCAUAUAUAUUGGAGCACAAAUAUUGGCAUCAACGUGUGCUGCAUUCUUACUGAAGGCUAUUUUUCACCCUGUAAUGGGUGGUGGAGUAACUGUUCCUUCAGGGGGAUUUGCUCAAGCUUUUGCUUUGGAGUUCAUUAUCAGCUUCAACCUUAUGUUUGUAGUUACUGCAGUGACCACAGAUACAAGAGCUGUAGGGGAGCUUGCAGGAGUGGGGGUUGGAGCUACUGUAAUGCUCAACAUACUAAUAGCUGGGGAAACAACUGGAGCAUCAAUGAAUCCUGUGAGAACUCUGGGGCCAGCAAUAGCUGCAAACAACUAUAAAGCCAUAUGGAUUUACCUCACUGCGCCUAUCCUUGGUGCUCUGGCCGGGGCAGCUGCUUAUUCUGCGGUUAAACUGCCAGACCGAGAUGUCAAUGGACAGGAGAAGCAGCCUAAUGCAGAACAUAGCUUCAGGAGAUGA